AUCGGCGCGGUCACGCUAAUUCACAUUUCGUAGUCGUCAAUUUCCCGUGUAAAUUGUAAAUAAUAUAGAAUUUCGGGAAACGAAUCAACCGAAAUUCGUACCGUAUCAGAUGAAUCUGGAUAUGUCUGAGAUAAUUGAGUUUGUGCUGCCUCCAAGCGACUAUCCCAGUGAGGACAAUGUCAUUUCUGUGGGAAAUGUGGGUGCCGUCAACGAGGACGCUACCUAUGUUGUUUUGGACGGCCUGAGCAAUGAAUACGAUGAGGAUUUUCUCAUCGUCAACGAGGAGCUCCACGAAGAUGAGAUGCAGUUGGAGGAGCCCGAUCUUGACCAGCAGCUGGACAACGAUCAGCAGCAGCAGCAGCUCUUGCCGCACGAGCAGUAUGUGGUGACGGAGCUGGCGUCCGAAAUGGAUGAGAUGGUCGAAGAAGACGACGACAAUGAGUUCGAGCAGUACUACAAACAACCGGCUGUUUUCGAAGGGACAGAGGAGCCCGAGGCGGAGACAGAGCCGGAGCUGGAGCCAGAACCAGAGCUGGACCAAGACUCUUCUCUGGACCCCGAGCCCGAGCACGAGCCCGAUCUGGAGUUUGUGCCCUCGCCAGUGCCAGUCAAGAAAUUCAAAGCCAACCCGCAAAGUCUCAUACGCACCUACAACACCUUCCUCGACGAGGAAGAGCCCGCACAGUAUGUGGAGCCCAGCAAAAAAUUGCUGGACGUGUUCAAGGGACCUCGCCGCUAUCUGCUAUUUGACGACCUCUUGGCCACAAUAGUCGACUUCGAUGAGAACACCACACCGAUUGUGGAGUUUUCAAUGACCACCGCUUUGCUGGACGACAAGCUUCCCGUCGAGUGCGGCAUAUGUCCAGAUGUGAUGCACAAGUCCAAGCUGUCCAAGCAUCAAAAAUUGCAUCUGGUACCUGGAACCAAUCGUUAUUCUUGCAUCUACUGUGCGGAAACGUAUCGUGAUUGUAAAUACCUGGCCGGUCAUGCCCGCCGACACAUGGGCAUACGUCCGUACGUCUGUCACGUAUGCAAAUUGUAUUUCUCUACCAAGCAGGAUCUGCGUGUACACAACCAGCGACGGCACCAGAAGAAGGAGCACGUCUGCGAGCUGUGCGGCAAAACGUUUGCCCAGAACACGCAGCUCAAGCGCCAUCGGGAGGCUACGCACGAGAAGAAGCGUCGUUUCCAGUGCCAGAGCUGCCAGAAGGCCUACUACAAGAAUUUCUCACUGCAGGAGCAUAUACGCAACGUGCACAUGGGCAAGCGUCGAAUGCUGAAGUGUCCCUUCUGUGGUAUGCAGUGUCGCGACGCGCACAAGAUGGCUCGCCAUCGCAAGGAGAUGCACCUAAACCAGGACUCGUUCGUGUGUCACCUGUGCCAGGAGGAGUUUACCGACAUCAACUAUUUCGAUGCGCACAAGCGUUCCAUUCAGUGCCGCACCAAUACAAAACGUUUUGUCAAGGAAGUACAUCCGGGGGCGUCCGGCUCCGGCGACACAAGUGGACUGGCUGAGAACGAUGAGGACGCAAUGGGGGGCAUGGAGGACGAGUUCGAUGAGGAUGCUGGUCUGCUGUUCGAAGAGACGAAUCCCGAUGACCCCGAUGGAGGUGAAUAUGCCAGUGGUACCUAUUUCCAAGAGGUUGAUCCGCGCUAUGUCCAGAUAUCCGACUACGAUGGGCAGAUGGUGGAGGGUGUUGUGCUGCACGAAGAGGAGCCAGAAGAAGAGUCUUUCAACGAGCAAAAAUACUAUGCCACAAUGCAACAGAAAAGCCAGCCAGAGCAUUCCGUUGAACAGGAAGUGAACACCGAUGAGCUGAUUUAUGAAAUCACUCUGAAGACUGAGGAUGAUAAUUAGGAAGGUGGUGUAGACGGCCUAAUACACCCCUAUCCACACACUCCCCCCCCACCAUCCCACUCACACACAUGUUUUCCGCACAUUUGGGCAGUAUGUAAAUAGAUUAAAAUUGAACAUACAUAAAUAGGUGCAUAGCCUAUCAAUCAAAAACAAAACAA